UGUUGCAUAACACGGGCAUCACCCCUUUCUGAUCAGAUUGCAUCUCGAUGUCUUAUUGGUGUAGGCAGCUGUGAAUAAGUUAAGAUAAGGGAAGUCUUUAAGGGUGUAGUUCUCUGCCGUUUUCCGUAUAUCAACGGAAUUGUUGAUCCGUUGUUGAGUAGUAGGCAACCAUGUUUACACUGCUAGUUAUUGCGGCUGGAAUAGUCACGGCUUAUAUAUUACUGCAUUUAAUGGUUCUGAAACUACCCAAAUGUAAAAGUAAUGUGCAGUUACAUGGGAAAGUCGUAAUAGUUACAGGCGCCAACACUGGCAUUGGUAAAACAACCGCGUUAGACCUGGCCAGGAGAGGAGGUAGGGUUAUCCUGGCCUGCCGAGACAAGCGGAGGGCAGAAGAAGCCAUUCUCGACAUCGUCAAGGAGACGGGGAACAGGGAAGUUGUGUUCAUGGCCCUGGAUCUUGGAAGCAUGCAGUCAGUGAGAUCCUUCGCUGAGAACUUCCUUAAAUCUGAGUCCAGACUGGACAUUUUAAUCAACAAUGCUGGGUUGAUGAGUGGUGGUCAGACUGUGGAUGGAGUGGGGAUGAUCUUUGGUGUGAACCACCUGGGCCACUUCCUGUUGACUCUCCUCCUGCUGGAGCGUCUGAAGGAGGGAGGUCCCAGCAGAGUGGUCACCGUGGCCUCCAAAGGUUAUGAGUUCGGCCGUAUUGACUUCAGCUGCAUAGACAAUCACAAGGACCUGGGCUUGGGAGACUCAGACUGGAACUUGUUUGAGAAGUACUGCCACAGCAAACUGUGUAACGUCCUGUUCACUCAUGAGCUAGCCACGAGACUCCAGGGCAGCAAUGUCACCUGCUACAGCCUUCACCCAGGUGCAAUCAAGACAGAGAUCGGGCGCUAUGCUAGGUUUGGGUGGAAGUGUGUGAUGACGCCAAUCACAGCUCUGUUCUUUGUGGACGCGGUGUCUGGAGCCCAGACCACCCUGCACUGCGCCCUGCAGGAGGGCUUAGAGAGCCUGUCUGGACGCUACUUCUCCUCCUGCUCAGUCCAGGAAGUCCAGGCCAAAGCCAAGGAUGACGAGGCUGCCAGAAAGUUGUGGGAAGUUAGCGAGAGACUUUGUGGCAUGUCUUGAACCAAAUCCUACAUUCCCAGCUUUACUACGUGUUAACAGUUUGAGGCAGAGGCAGACAACUUAGUUAUCCUAAUUUACAAAUGUUGUCUGUUGGAAAUACAUGUGUGUAGGCCUGCAUCAUAUCAUAAAACGUUACACACAAGAAUUUCAGUACACUCUUUCAUGUAUGCAAAUGUGAACGUUGGGACGAAAGUUAUUAACAAUAGUAUUUUCUAUCUCCAGCGGUGGAAAUUUUAUAAUUGAUUAUAACUCUCCAAGUAUUGUGAGAAGAGAAAGGCGUGGUGAACCUUUUUUUUUUAACAUUGACACAAAGGGUGGAAGAUGUUCUGUGAAAGCUUUAAUACUUGAACCUGGUUAAGAAAACCCCCCCAGGGGCGUGUCCCUGAUGGACGUGUUGAGAUGCCGCUGCCGUCAGCUGGCAUCGUCACAGAUUUAAUAGAUUCAUCCUGGUUUAUAUUUAAGGCCGCCUCAGGCUUUGUUCCUGAAGGGUUUUUGCAUCAUAUCAUCUAUACCAAGAUGUAAAUGUAGAUUAUAGGCUACUUCAGGAAUUUUCAUAAGUGCUCUAAAUUAAGAAUAAAAGAGUGUAGGGAAAUCCAUUACAUUACAUCGCAGUAGUUUACUGUGGUCCCUAUGUUUUCGUUCAAAUUUGAAAUUUAAGAUCCAGCACCUUUAUUUAUUUACCGACAGUCUAGGUGGGAAACUGCAGACUUGGGAAAUGAACGUGUUUUCUCUUUUUUUCCUGUUAGUUUCUUUUCCUGUGUGUUCCACCGCUGAUGUUGUGGACAACGCUUCAUUCAAACACAGCUCUGUAGUUUAGACAACGCUUCAUUAAAACACAACUCUGUAGUUUACACACAAAAAUUCGGAACUGGUUUGUGAAAACGAGUGUGUGGAGGCCUCCGGAACCCGUUUAACAGUUGGGGUUGGAGUCGGAUUUGGGAUUUAUAUCUUCCUUGUCGAGACUCUCUUCAAAAGUUCAAAAUGCAAAGGAAACGCGGUGAUGGCAGGG